CGGCCUGAAUCCAUUCUCAAGACGAACGUGUGUUUGACUACUCAAAACCCUUCAUCUUCAACAACGGCUUCUAAUCCACUGCAAACUCGUUUCGUCACUGACCCCUAUACUUAUUGCCAGUCCGUUCCACCGCGCGCAGAGCCUGAAAGCGUCAGCUUAACUUCUUCUAGUGGCAGUGAGCAUGUGCCUCCAUUAUGUCUUCCAGCUUCGUAUGCUUUAACCUCAGGCUCUCCUGGUCUUAAUCCUGCGAACCCAUUAAUACCUCCCAACCCAGUUAAGGUCGCUGCUUUAUCAAGCAGGCCAAAAUUGUCUGGUUCACUCGGGUCACUCUCCGUAUCCAUUUCUAUGCUCUCUGAGGCUACUAUUGGUUCACCAGCACCAUCCUCUUCGGAAGAUGAUGAGGUUGACGAAGAAAGGACCGAUGCUUCAUCUUUAUUCGCCUCCUCAGAUGUCACUGUGCUACGCAUUUUACGUCCACUAAACGCCGAUGAUGACAAUGAAUGCGCCGCUGACUCAGUGUCAGUUGUCACAAUGUCUGAAUCUCCCAAAAAGGUGGUAGUUGCGACAGGGCCUUUACAAAAAACGUUAGAAUCAAUGAACGGAAAGCGACUUUCACACCUAACUCCAAAUUGUGGUACCAUCGAUUCUGAAAUUGAACAGACAUAUGCAGAGCUUCUCUUUUCAACAGCCUCUUCUCCUCCUAAUGAUGCUCAUGUUCUAGAGAAGGUUAAGGAAAAAGAAGACAGUAAGAUUGGCAUUUCUCAAUUACAUGGCUUGCCUUUGUAUGAAUGCGUCAAUCUGGCUCCGCUGGAGCCAUCAAUUUUGCAAAUGAUUCAGGAUAAAAAGGACUUUGGAAACAUUUACUUAGCUGACGCAAACACAGGACAAAGUAUGCCAGAGCGCAAGGACGGUGUUUGUUUGUUUCCUCUGUAUGAACAUCAUACACAUUGUCUGCAGACUUCUAAACAAACUGAUCAGCCUUCCUAUACAGGAUUUGCCCUGACUAGGCCAGCAGUAAGUGCGGUUCAAGAAGGAAUCUCAUCAUAUGUGUCAACCACUAGCAUCGGUACUAGUGCUGGAUUAAUUUUUUCUGCAGCUCCAACAGAAGACGCAACCAAUUUAAGGUCGGGCUCGCCUACCUCCACGACAUAUGAGUCUAUAUUGGAUGUAAGAUUUCUUUUCAUUUGA